CCAAUGGUGGGAUAAGAUCAAUUCAUAGACAGAGGAUUGUGCAUGGAAUCUCCUAUCCGUCAAUUUGAUUGAUCUUGCAAGGAAGAUAUCCUGAUUGCAUUAGAGCUAUCCCUUAUUGCACUAUCCACCGGGUGCUUUGAGUUUUUGAUUGACAUUUCUAAUGACCUGGACCGGAUUUCCUGAUGGAUAAACUGUAGAUUGACAGUAUUUCAUUCAAAGGAAUUUGUAUAGGCCAUGGCUGUCUAGCAAACUGCUGUGAAACUCUUCCCUUUUAGUAACUGCACUACAACAGUGCCAACAAAAUGCAGAAGCAAGUGGAGAUCAGAAUGCAUGAGAAUCAUUUGGACCCUCCUACAACACCUGAUGAGCCCAUGUGUGGAGGCUUAUGUGACAAACUCAGGAAGAACAUGCUACUUACGCUCACAAUCCUUGGUGUGAUAGCAGGUUCAGUAGCUGGUAUGCUACUGCGGUACGCAUCACCACUCCCCCCUGAUGUCAUUAUGGUAAUUGCCUUCCCGGGUGACAUUCUCAUGAGGAUGUUAAAAAUGGUGAUUUUGCCUCUGAUCAUCUCAAGUUUGAUCACAGGAUUAGCAGGGUUGGAUGCCAAGUCCAGUGGUCGUUUGGGCACAAGAGCCAUGGUGUACUACAUGUCUACCACCGUCAUUGCAGCUGUGCUUGGGGUGAUCUUGGUGCUCCUCAUCCACCCCGGUAACCCCAAACUGAAGGCAAACCUGGGCGAAGGGAAAAAGAAUGACGAAGUGUCCAGUUUAGAUGCCUUGUUUGAUCUCAUCAGAAAUCUGUUUCCAGAAAAUCUUGUUCAGGCUUGUUUCCAGCAGAUCCAGACUGUUACUAACAAAGUAGAAGUAACUCCUCCUCCAGUUCCAAAUCGAUUUGGACGAAAUUCUACCAAGGGUGCAGCAAAAUAUGUGAUCAAGAAGUCUCUUCAAUUCAAGAGCGGCAUGAAUGUGUUAGGUAUCAUUGGGUUCUUUGUGGCAUUCGGCGUUUGCAUGGGAAAGAUGGGAGAAAAGGCCAAGCUGAUGCUGGAUUUCUUCAACGUUCUCAACGAGAUCGUUAUGAAGCUUGUCGGCAUGAUUAUGUGGUAUUCCCCCGUUGGUAUUGCGUGUCUGAUCUGUGGGAAGAUUAUAUCGAUUAAUGAUCUGGAGGUGGUGGCCAAGCAGCUUGGAAUGUACAUGAUCACUGUCAUCGUCGGACUUUUCAUUCACGGAGCCAUUUUCCUUCCCUUAAUAUAUUUUGUUUUUGUUCGGAAAAACCCAUAUACAUUCUUCAUGGGAAUUUUCCAGGCCUGGGUCACCGCUUUAGGAACAGCUUCUAGUGCUGGGACAUUACCUGUCACUUUCCGCUGUCUGGAGGAAAAUCUCGGCAUUGACAAGAGAGUCACUCGAUUUGUAUUACCUGUUGGAGCAACGAUCAACAUGGACGGUACAGCGCUUUAUGAGGCAGUGGCGGCCAUCUUUAUUGCCCAGAUGAAUGGAAUAGAACUUGAUCCUGGUCAGAUAGUGACAGUCAGCCUUACAGCGACUCUCGCUAGCGUAGGAGCAGCCAGUAUUCCCAGUGCUGGUCUGGUGACGAUGCUUCUGAUCUUGACAGCUGUGGGACUACCGACUCAAGACAUCAGUUUACUGGUAGCAGUCGACUGGUUACUGGACCGUUUCCGAACAUCAGUCAAUGUCGUUGGUGACUCGUAUGGGGCGGGAAUCGUGUACCACCUCUCCAAAGAUGAGCUCGACCUAUUUGAUGCACAGCAAAGGCCAGAUGACUUUGAGAUGGCCAAGACACAAUCUUUUUUUGAGAAUAACACUAACCACGGAGUAUAUACAUCUCACAACUCCUAUCAGCCGGUCCAGAUAGAUGACUGCAAGGUAACCUUGGCCUCAAAUGGUUCCCCUGCGGAGUUCUCACUUGUUGAGGAGGAACCAUGGAUACGCGAGUAACACAGCACACAGAUCCAGCUCCGCCUUAUCCUGAGUCCCACAAGCUUAUCCUUUCUGGUGAAAACCAAAUGCUAAUUUUAUACAUAUAAAUAAACAAUCAGAAGUUACCACAGAACUUUUCACAUGCACAAGCACUGACUUUUGUGUGACAAUCUCAGUUAAUUUGAUUCACAAAGGGAAGAGAAUGUAUAGCUCGAAAGUAGCUGGUGCUCGUAGUGGUUCAGCUGGUUCAGCCUCAUACAUUAUGUUUCACACUCAAGGAUUUUGACAGUUCUAUGCCUUGGGUUUGGCGAUCGAUCUGAAACCUGCUGCCUUAAGGCUACCACAUAGACGGAUCACAAUGGGUUGUCCAGCCUGGGACCCCUGACUGACCCUAGAGCACUACUAGUGGCAGGAGGAGAGAAGUGCAGUUUGUUUGCUGAAGAUACCUUUGACUGGCUUGGCUUGGCUUAGGUGGAUUAACCCUUGGUGGCGGCACUCCAGAUCAGCCUCUUAUAAGAGCUUACCAAUGUACUUAGAGGUUCAGAAAUAGUGGUUUGCCUCUAAAUGCUGCCACUUAUUUUUAGAUGCCACCCGACGUAAAUGCCACGUCAACAAUUACAGAGCGAUUAGACAUAAAGUUGAGUUGAUUGGUGUUAUCUGAAAGGAAUGGUGGCUUUAAUAUCCUACAUAGUGGACUGCAUAAAAAGAUAUUCAGAUAUUUAUGUGUGUUUUUGUUGGAGGGAAGGGACUUGCAUGUGUGUAGGUUUUGUACGUAUCUGUGUGCUUUGUUAAGUUUUCAAUUUAUUUAUGUUAUUUAUUUGCUAAGUUGCAAUCUUGCCUUGAAGACAUCAACUGCAAACGGUGCAGCCAGAAGACUUUAUGACAAUAAUAUCAAAUGCAAUCCCUUUUUCUUGGAUCGUAGAUCAUUAAUAGUGUUUGAUUCUCUGAGGAGCCAUUUUGGAUACUCAGACAUUACGUCCAGUUGAAUGGAUUCUAUAUAUGUGCUGAUAAUAGAGGCUCUUAUGUUGGUCGGUACUCAGGUUGGUAGCAUGUUGUGAGAUGACAGAAUUGAGAUUUAUCAUUAAAUCUGCACCAUUUAAUUUAGUAGAGUUUUUAAUUAUUGUAGCAACACAAUAAACAUUCCUCUGUCGCACCAGAAUCUUAAAAUGUUCUCAUUAAAGUGCCUCCUUGCACUUUCUGUAAAUAAAUAAAUACACAUAUAUAUGCUGUCAUAUUUUAGAUAUAUUUUUCAUGCAAACUGAAGUGUGGUAUUUAUUUCAACUCUUUUUUGUCUGUUGUUUUGUAAAACAACAGCAAUUCAUGUAUUCACUUGAGUAUAUUAUUUUACUUGGUAGAUUAGCGUGUAACAGGUUGUCUUAGUUAUCACUAUACCGUAUACACCACUUGGAACAGGUGGCUGUGAAACACUGAAUGUAUGUAUGGAAUGUAAGCAUAUUUUUCACUGUUAUUUUGUCUCAAAAUUUGUGUAUUGUUAAACAUUUUGUUAGGGAUAAUGGCACUAGGGGAAAAAGUCAAAUUACUAAUAAUUAUUAACCAGGCUUGCUACAGAUUUGACAGUCCUGUAGAGUGCAGAAAAAUAGAUACGGGAUCUGUAAUAUAAAUGUGAGCACUGUUGGAAUAUCUGUUUGGGCAGGGCCUGACACAUCUAGUACUGUGAUGUUUGGUAUAAAUGUGACUAUUUUUAUUUGUGCAACUCUGUUUGGUUACAAAGACAUUGUAUACCUUUGUCUACCAAACUGUCCACUUUUUAAAUUUGUCUUUUUCCUCUAUUUUUCUAUUAAAUACCUAUAACAAAUUGUAAAUAAAGGCAAUGCUUCUUGUCUCAAA